AUGGCUUUCAGGGCUCGCGUCUUAUCGGGCUCACAAUGCCUCUCCAGAUCCGUUAGAGGGUACUCUGCUUUUGCGUCGAACACGACCGUCUUCAAAGAUGUUCCCCCCCUCCGAGCAUACCGCAAUGAGCUCCUCAAACAGGACCGCACAGUCGGUCUUGUACCAACCAUGGGUGCCCUACAUGAAGGGCACACAUCGCUAGUGCGCAUGGCAGCUGCAGAAAAUACCGAUGUUUUUGUAUCGAUCUAUGUAAACCCGACACAAUUCGGCGUAAACGAGGACUUUGCUAGCUACCCACAGACGCUUGAAUCAGACUUAAAGAUGCUACAGACGAUUGACAGGGAACUGGCAAGUACGCGUGGAAGUGGAAGAAUCUCUGCAAUAUUCGCACCCAAUGGAAAGACUAUGUACCCGACACUUCUUCCGAGCAGCGAGAUAGACGGCCAGGGCAGCUUCGUUACCAUUACACCCCUUGCAACGCUUCUUGAAGGUGCUACCAGACCAGUGUUCUUUCGAGGAGUGGCGACAGUGUGCACAAAGCUCUUCAAUAUAUGUACACCGGAUCGAGUGUACUUUGGGCAGAAAGACGUUCAACAAACGAUUAUCAUUCGCCGCAUGGUGAAGGACUUUCACAUCGGAACCGAAGUCCGCAUAGGUGCAACGAAAAGAGAAGAGGAUGGCCUCGCGCUCAGUUCACGUAACGUAUAUUUGGGAGCUCGCCGGCGCGCUGUGGGUACCGUUCUGAGCCAGACUCUGAUGGCCGCCGAGUCAGCAUACCUUAAAGGCCACACAAGUAGGUCCGAAGUUCUAGGCGCUGCAGAGGCAAUAUGGAUGGAUACCCUGAAGCGACAAAAAAAGCUACAGCCCUCUCAGCGGGCGCUGUUUGAGGUCAUAUAUGUGUCGCUUGCCGACCCGGAUACGCUCGAGGAGAUUGACGUUGUGGACGAAACGAAAGGCGCAGUGCUAAGUGGUGCAAUAAAGAUGCUUCCGAUUGAGGACCCGCAGCCUAGGGAGGAAAAGGGUCAGGGUGAUGGUAAAGUUCCAGUGAGACUGAUCGAUAACAUACUGCUGCCACCCAGGGCUUGA